AUGUUCUUAAUAAGUGUCGUAGCUGACCACACUGACAGACCACCAAUGAACACCAAUCCUAACUUGGGUCACGACGCGAUCACACGGACACUAGCCUCGGAUGUUUCUGAUGGUUUUACCAUAUUUACUGUAGCUAACCCAUUGGACAGUGGCUCCAUUGAAUACUUUUCCUCGACCAGGGGUGCGACGCAGCUGAUCACGACAGGAGAGUGGGAAUGGUGGAGUAAUUACGAAUCUACAACGGUUCCUACACAUUUGCUGACCACACUUCAGGGAGGAUCGGGAGAGCAUAGCGCAGACAGCAGCGCUUUUUCUUGGUAUCCGAUCAGUUGGUCAUGGGUACUCAUUCUCCAGCUCAUCUCUGCAUUCGUUGGCAUUGUCGGAAACUUCCUGGUGAUCAUUGUCCUCUUUCAGCGUCGACGAUUGAGCAGAUCGACGGAUACCUUGAUCGGCGGCCUAGCCUGUGCGGACUUACUAACUUCGGCGUUCCUCAUACGAAUCCCUUUGCCUGCGUACAUUCCUAAGACUUGGUUAGGUGAAGUCUACUGCAAACUUAUCAAAACGCAAAGCCUACUCUGGGUAUCUGUCACGGCCUCUACCUACCUGCUCAUGUCUAUAUCUGUCGAACGGUACAUCGCUGUGGUUUACCCUCUUCACUUCAAACGCCUCAUCACUCGACGUCGUGUCUCGAUCUUCAUCAUCAUCGUUUGGUUCCUUUCCGUCUUGUCCGGACUCUUCGCUUUCAUCGUCUACGGUGUAGACGCAAAGAACCAGUGCACCGAGCAGUACACAUUCGCCAAUGCGCAAACCAUCAUUGCCUACUACUGGUUUUGCCUCCGACUCGCUGUCCCUUGCCUAACCAUGCUCGUCACCCAGAUCCUCAUUGCGCGCAAUCUCAGUCAACAAUUCCGCAGCUUCAGAGACAUCACUCAUGCUACAACCCCGACAAAUGGAAACAAGGCAUCGUCAUUCCAUAUCGUGGCCAGAAACCGCGUUCUGAAACUAAUGCUGACCGUUAUCAUCAUCUACAUCGUAUGCUGGACGCCGAACCAGAUUGCCUACCUCGGUUACAGCCUCGGCUGGGUUCCUAUAUCCUAUCUGAACAGCCCCCUCCAUCGGAUGCUCACCGUGCUUGGUUUCUACAACUCUUGCGCCAAUCCCAUCAUCUAUGCGGCAAGGUAUCCUGAAUUCAGAAAUGCUCUCAAGGACAUGUUCACCUGCAAAUCUGCCAAAAAUGCCCCGCUCUUUGAUAAGAUGGACAUGUCAAAGAAUAUUUCGACAUCAAAAACUGACAUUUACAGUGUUUGA